AAGUGGUCUCGAGGUUCUCUAGAGCGAGCGGUUUUGGUGCAUUCCGGGUCUGAGAGAGAGACCGGCAGUAGCGCCUGGCGACGACGACGACAGCGGCGGCUCCCUCUCCUGUUCCUCCUUUGGUCGGUUGUCUCUCCGCUCGUGGCGUUCUCGUCCCCGCCCUCUCUUCACCGUCUCUCCUCCCACUCCGGGCUAAGGAGCCGCCUCCUUCGCCGCCGCCUCUCAGCUGGACUUCAGAGUUUAUCUUAGGAGCUUUUGGGAAGUUAUUUUUUGAAGUAAUGCCCACGGAAAGUGGAAGCUGUACCACUGCUCGCCAAGCAAAGCAGAAACGCAAAUCUCACAGUCUUUCUAUACGAAGAACCAACAGUUCUGAGCAAGAGCGGUCAGGACUGCAGAGAGAGAUGCUGGAAAGCCAGGAUUCAAAACUGCCAUCAUCUGUUAGAAAUACACUUCUGGAACUUUUUGGCCAAAUAGAAAGAGAGUUUGAGAACCUCUACAUUGAAAAUCUUGAAUUACGUAGAGAGAUUGAUACACUUAAUGAGCGCUUAGCAGCUGAAGGCCAAACCAUUGAUGGAGCUGAACUGAGCAAGGGACAGCUGAAAACAAAAGCCAGUCAUAGUACCAGCCAGCUCUCUCAGAAAUUAAAGACUACUUACAAGGCGUCUACUAGCAAGCGUUCAAAUUCUUUCCCAGGCAAAUCAGGUGGACCUCGCAACUUCAACGUGGGAAGCUGGGAAUUAUGGGGUGGAGACUCCUGGAUCGUGUCCAGUUUCAAAACAACAACAUCUAGAGCAAUCUGUCAGCUGGUGAAAGAGUAUAUUGGUCAUCGGGAUGGGAUUUGGGAUGUCAGUGUUACGAAAACGCAGCCAGUGGUGCUGGGCACUGCAUCCGCUGAUCACACUGCUUUGCUGUGGAGUAUAGAAACCGGAAAGUGCCUUGUCAAAUAUGUUGGGCAUGCUGGAUCAGUAAACUCAAUAAAGUUCCAUCCAGCAGAACAAGUGGCUCUAACAGCUUCUGGAGACCAGACAGCUCAUAUCUGGAGGUUUAUGGUGCAGCUGCCCACACCUCAGCCUACCGCAGACUGCAAUCAAAUGUCUGGAGAAGAUGAAGUCGAGUUCUCUGACAAAGAUGAACCUGAUGGCGAUGGAGAUGGUUCCAGUGAUUGUCCCACCAUCCGGGCUCCUUUAACCUCCCUAAAAAGCCAUCAAGGUGUAGUCAUAGCAGCUGAUUGGCUGGUUGGAGGGAAGCAAGCUGUGACAGCUUCAUGGGAUAGGACAGCAAAUCUAUACGAUGUGGAGACCUCUGAACUUGUGCACUCUCUGACAGGACAUGACCAGGAACUUACACAUUGUUGCACACAUCCCACUCAGCGUCUUGUGGUGACAUCGUCACGCGACACAACCUUCCGUCUGUGGGAUUUCAGAGACCCUUCUAUCCAUUCUGUGAAUGUCUUUCAGGGCCAUACAGACACCGUGACGUCGGCUGUCUUCACUGUGGGGGACAACGUUGUUUCAGGUAGUGAUGACCGUACUGUGAAAGUUUGGGAUUUGAAAAAUAUGAGAUCACCUAUUGCCACUAUUCGCACAGAUUCUGCAGUAAACAGGAUUAAUGUUUGUGUCGGCCAAAGAAUUAUUGCCCUUCCACAUGACAACCGGCAGGUUAGAUUAUUUGACAUGUCUGGAGUGCGAUUAGCACGGCUCCCUCGUAGCAACAGACAGGGCCAUAGAAGAAUGGUCUGUUGCUCAGCGUGGAGUGAAGACCACCCAAUAUGUAAUCUGUUCACUUGCGGAUUUGAUCGCCAGGCUAUUGGGUGGAACAUCAACAUCCCUGCCUUGCUUCAGGAAAAAUGAGAUGCUAGAAGAAUUCCUCUUUUCUUUCUUUUCACUUUUGUUGCCAUGGACUUUUGGGCAGACUUUCCUAUAAGCUUGUCUGCUAUCAUUGUAAAAGGUGCGCCUUGAAAGGGGAUGUGUUACAGCUGUUGUUACCACAUUGUGCAUAGUUGCAUGAAAUGUACAGGAAAAAAAUGUGACCUUUUCAAAGAAGUUAGGUUCUUGUGUAUGAACUUUUAUAUCUUGGCAUCCACUGGUGAAUAGAAGGAUGUUCAGCUUUCCUAUGGAGCAUAUAAGUGUUCAUAAGUUAUUCAGCCUAGAUGAACAGUAGGGCAUUAUGUCUGAGUUAAAUGUGAAUUCUGUGUACUUAUUGUGAAGAAUAUGUAGUCUGCCUUUCCCCCAUCAUUUUACAUAUCUGCCUUGUGGUUAAAGAGAGUAUAGGGCUAAACUCUUAAGAUGAAGGGUGAAUUUCACUUAGAAGUCUGGCAGAGAUUUUCUUGCAUCUAUAUGAAGUCUGACAUGAGGGUUCCAAUGCAUUAAUUUCAACUCCCAAUUUAGUCUCGUUUCUGGAAUAAAUACAAGGUUUAGGGAAAGAGACAAACGCUAACUUUAGCUUUGGGCAUAGAAUGCUGGUUUGCCAUGUUGGGACUAUCCUUAUACAUUUCAAAAAGUAACUUGUUAGUUCUUACCCCAUUGACUUGAGCCAACACUCGAAAUCUCACUUAUGGCAAACAAUAAAAUGUUACUAUCAUGGGAAACUGAACAAGUUCUUAAAGCACUUUAGUUUAUAGCAGCUGUUAUAAGCCGCAAGCAUCACAUGACAUUUCCUGGAGAAUGUGAGACCUGUAUCUAAGAAGGAUUUACAAUGCUACAUUUUUGUGAUUUUGUUCUUUUAAGUCAGAGAAUAAAUCUUUGUUUUGGUUUUUUUAAAAACGACGACAACAACUCCACCUGUGUUUAACGUGUUUUAAAAUGGGAGCUUUCCCAUCAUAAUUCUGUUUUGAGCCAACAAUACAAAGGCCACGAUCCAAACAACCAUACAUGUUCUGCAUACCCAAGAGGGAUUGGGGGCUUAUGUCCAGCAUCCAUGCCAAGCUGCUUUCGACAGUAAGGGGUCUUCCAUACAGCAGUUUAUAUUAUGGUAUGGUGGUUGGAGACGUGCUGCUGUUCAACAAACAAAACCAGCAAGAGAUCUCACUGGGCAGGCCCAAGCUCUUGGUGGUGCCGAACAUAGUUCUCUGGGUUCUGGCCAUUGUAACUUAGAGUGCUACCUCAAAAAUUAAUGUGGGGCUACUUUGAAGUGUUUAACCUUGCUAAAGCACUUUGGAUCUCAUUUCAUUGUGCAGUCUUAAAGAGUAGAAGACAAUCAUACCAAACUUCAAGCUCGAACUGUAUCAAACUCAAUAGAACAUAGUCACAAUGAGAAAUGUUCACUUUGAACGUAAACAAAGCUCCCGAUCUUGUUCCAUGCAGUUCUGUAGAUUUUUCUUUACUUUUACCCAGGAGAAUCCUACAUAGGGUUUGCUCCUCCCAAAUUGUGCCGCCCAGCUUGACGUGCUUGAUUCAUAUUUGCAAGUGUGCAGUUUAUGGCAGUUUCGAAGAAGGAUAUGGAAGAUGUAUUUUAAGGCUCCUUUAUAGAUGUUGCCUUUUCAGCUGAAGGCAGGAAGCACUUCUCUUCACUGUCUGUCCAUAUCUCAGGGUUAGGGCCACAGUAAUCAAAGUGGUAAUGUAGGUUGCUGAAAAUGGGUUUAAAACGAAUUCGCAUAGAAUGCCCUGCAUUACAUUUCCUUGGUCACUCUUUUUUUGUGGUUGUUGAGGUUGUCUUCUACAGCACUGCCCAAUAUGAAGUUGAGAGGCUGACUGGUUUCUUUCUGUACGUAGAGGAGAGAGUAAGUUGGGAGCAGAGGGAGAGAGAGAGAGAGAGAGCUAAAAUCCUAGAAGGAAGUGGAUGAAUGAGAGUUUAGGUAGUUUAUGGAGAAUUUAGAAUGUAUUAGUGUGAACCAUUUAGGGCAAAAGGUUGUAUGGACCCAGAGCUUAAGUAGCUAUGAAAAACGGAAGCCUUGAAAGAAGAGAAGGCAAGUAAAUGACUGAGGCUUUCAAUGAUUAUCAAAUGUAUACUGAUAAGCAAACAUUGACUUGGGAGUUAGGUGAAGGAUCAACCGGAGAGAUUGCUCUCCCCUUUUCCUUUUGGAGAAUCCUUGCUGGGAUCUUAAAGGCCCACACAAUCUGGUUCUUUCUCCACCUAUACGUCAUGGCAAAGACUCAAAUGAGUUACGGACGGCUGUAUUGUGCGUGUUUUAUUAUAUCCUUUUGUAGCAUGUGCUUCUAAUGUUGGGGCUGCCCUCAAAGCACCUGGAGUGUGGGUGGAGAGAAGCAGUUUACUUCUCAGCUCUUCUGUUUGGACAGCAAGAGAAACCGGAGCCACUGAGAGAACUCUAAUGCACAUGUAGAUUUGUCACUAUAAAUGACCCUGUUUUUACCUGUGUACUCCCUGGCUAAUGGGGUGGAAGGCAUUUCGGCUGAAUUCAUGUGCCGUUUGAGAGCGAUAGACUCCUUUAGGCAUCUGAACCUUUUAGAUCUACAUUAGGGAAAAGUUUGCAGGGCCUUUGGUCUCACUGAUGAAUGUUUUGGGCUAAUGGCUUCUUGCCUUCAGUGGGGACAAUGGACUUUAGUGUCAUGGACAGUCCACAUGAUCGGGGGUUGUACAUUUUUAAAAUACAUAUGAAAUAACGCAGCAGCAUGGAGUUGACACUGUCCACCAUUGCUGAGCUUUAUAUCACCAAAGGAGCUACUUUUCAUAGCAGAGAUAUAUCUACCUGCUUGUUCUCACUUCAGCCAUGGGCCACGCCUGGCUUCUUUGUAAGGAUCUAGCUAGUUUCUUAACUGCUGCAAUAUCUUAGGUGUUGUGUUGAGGCGACAGAGAUGCCUCCCAAUGAUUGACGAACGGUAGUGGUGAAAACCGUUAUUGGUGACACAUUUCACUUUUUCUGGUCUCUAUUUCAAAGCAAACAGGGGUUCUAACAACUGCUGUGAGAGUAUUGAUAUAAUUAUGUCCUGCAUUUCACAUAGAAGGAAAGUGACUUUUGCAUAUUUUCAGUAUUGAGACUUAAUUUUAUGAAAGAAGGCUGAAUCACUGGGCAAAUCACAAAGACCUGUGUCUGUUUGUCUCUUUCUCUGUGUAUACGUGUUCUUCAAACAGUGCACAUAUUUUUUGUAGGUGAAAAAAGUAACUGUUUCAGAAUCUGAAGGAUCUUAUUUUGAUGCCUAAGUCUUUGAAAACCGGCUUCCUCAACGGAAGAAGAAAAUCCUGUAUUGUAUGUCAAUGUAGAACCACUUGUUUUUUGUUUACUGAUAUUCUGGUGAAUUGAUUGUUUGUGUUUUUUUAGAUGUUCAGUGUGUGUCUUUGUUGCAAUUUGAAAAUGCCAUUAAAUCAUUCAGCAUAGUU